AUGGAGCGGAGCCACUCGUGGCCCGCCUGCGCCAUCGAGGCCCACCAGCUGGCGGCAGAGGCGGUGGGCGCGCCGCGGCGUGUCUUCCCGCCCUUCAUCGUCUUCGGGCUCGACGACGGGCCGCCGACCCUGCGCGGGGGGCCGCCGCCGCCGCCGCCUCGCCGCACCGGCGGCCAAGCCUCGCCGCGCGGAGGUGGCCGCGGCGCCGCCGCGGAGCUGGACUGGGCGCAGCACUGCCUGCUGGCCGCGGACGAGUGGCUCCCGGAGAUCAGGCCCUUGCUCCAGGAGGAGGGGGCGCGUGGUCCUCCAGCGGGCAUGAAGAGGCGGCUUUCCAGCGAGUCCACCCGCCCGCCCAGCAGCUCCGUCGGGCGCUCCGUGGACCCUUUCAGCGAGGCGUCCAGCAGGAGCCGGCCCCCGGGGCCGGCCGGGCGCGGCGCCGCCGUGCCCAUUUGGCUGCCUGGCGG